AUGAAUGCUGGCAAGUCAGGUGACAAAGCAAAGAAUGGCUUCAAGUCUUCCUUACUUAAAAGGGAUGAAAAUGGAAAUAACUACGCCUGUGACAGAGGUAUACCGUCCUCAAAAAAUUGCACCACCAAGAUACACAGUAAUUCAACUGACCAAAAUAUAGUGACUGAGAAUGAAGAUGAUGCUGUUCUUGAAAAUAAGAGUGACUUCAGAUGUAUUCGUUUAAAACAGCAGUGUAUUGAAGCACUUCAUCUGCAAGAGACACCUGGUAAAUACAACUGCACAGGAGCUCAACUGGGAGAUGCAGAUGCUGCAUGCAAGUCUUCUGUGAAUGAACAGACUUUUGUAUAUCCUUUGAACUGUGACUUGAAAGAAACAACAGACUUACUGAAAGGUAAUGUUGCUAUAGCAAAAGUACAAAAUCAGAGUAUCCAACAAUCAGUGCCUUACAGUCAGACUGACUCUAAUUGUGUAUUACCCCUUCCUCCUUCAGAGCAGGACAUGCAGUCCCUGAUAAACGACAGAGCAUCCUGCCAGCUGACCACAUUGAGUGUUACUGGUGUUAUAGGUCAAACUCUGGACACUGAUCAAAAUGAUGACAAGCAUCUGAGGGAAACACUAAUCUCUUCUGAAAUAUGUAUGAGAGAGAAAUUUGGAGGAACCAGCUCAGAAAGAACACCUAAUUUCUCCUCUGCAGUACUGGCUUCAGAAAGCCCAGAUGCCUGUUCAGGACUUGAAGUAUAUCAUCCUGCCUCUGUAGGUGUCGAACACUGUCUAAAAAGCACAAACAAGACUGCUAAAGAAUCCCAGGAAGUGGAAGCACAGCCUGUAAAACUAGCUGCUGCAUGUAUAGAUCCUUCUAGGCGAGAUCUAUUAUCACCAUACGUCAAUAUUAAUGAAGAUGACCAAGUGAAAUCCUUGCAGGAUACCCCUGACCAUGAUGAAGCUCGGAAUUCCAAUGCUGAAACAUGCAUGGGUAGUCCUGCAAAUAAUGUGCGCCUUCUUCCAGCAGAUAAAAUGGGUGGAGAACAAGUAUCAGAAGGAACUAGUGAACCCUUAACCAAAGAACAAAGUACCUCUGGCAAUGCUGUUCUUCAGGAUAUGUGUGACGUCUCUUUCAAAUCUUGUAGUGUACCAAAAUUAAAGAGGAGUGUUAUGCCUGACCUGCAAUGCGAAGCAACUUUUGUGGUGUUUAGUCCUCUGGCUGGUGAAAGCGAUUCUGCUCUGUGUACUUCAACCCCUAUAGAACGAUCAAAAAAUACAACUUUUUCUGUUUCAGCUUUGGCAGAACUUGGAGACAAGUCUCCUAAACUAAGACCAAACGAGGCAUUUGUAGGAGAGCGUAGUAGAAGACCUGUACUUAAAGCUGGUUCAGGUCAAACUGCAGGAAAACCAGUGGGCAGGUCUCCUGUUGGGUCAACAAUAACCAAAGCGAAGAAAUCAGAGAUUGUUAGUUUUCCCAGACCUAAUUUCAAAAAUGUUAAGCCAAAGGUUAUGUCUAGACCUGUGCUGCAGUCAAGAGACAGUGCAGCACUAAAGAAAUCUCCCCAGUCCUCCCAGUUAUCAGCCGUCUCCUCAUCUCCAUUGGUUGCUUCCCUGAGGCAAUUGUCCCCCUCUGUAAAAGUGCUGAAAAAGAGAAUAGAUCUAACUAAAGAUACUAAUGUGGAAUUGCCAGUGAAUAAGCCCCAUAAGCUACAUCUUAACAAACACCUCCUCACUAGCCAAGUCGUACAUGCCACAACACAUCCCAGAAACUCUUCCCACAGGACUUCAAAGACGCCUGUCUUAAAGCAGAAUCCGGAAGACGUUGGCAAAGCAAGCUCUACCCAGUCAUCAUGCUCCUCUGUUUCUGCCGCACUUCCAAUGUGUGUGGAGGACUCAAAAGAGAUACUCAAUGAUAAAAUGGAAAGUUCAAAUUCUUUAGUGCAGCCCUGUUCUCAAGACAUCUACCCGACCGGAGGUGUGAAAGAGCAAAGCGGCAAUAUGGGAGUUCUUCUAGAAGCAGCCGUGUUAAAAGAUGUGGCAAAUGAAACAUUUGACCUGCACUCCGUUCCAGUGAUGCCUUCUGUGAAAGAUGGAACUACACAAGGGAAGAACAUACCGAAGAAAGGCCCAAGCACACUACAAAGCACGUCGGCUCCCAAAGUUAAAACGGUGCCAUCCGUGUUGCCCUUGAAGAGAGGAUGUGAAAAUAAAACUAUCAGCACAACUAAAGCACCUUCUGACAAAGGAGCUGUUGUGUCAUCUAGCUGUGGCAUAGGAUCUUCUCCAAGAGAGAAGCAUACGUCCGUGAAAAAUUCUCCAGGCUCCUGGGCUAGCUCUGGUAAACAGUUCGCCAAAUCUGAAGUGCCUGUCAAAAGAUCAGUGCUUGAGAGAACACCUAGCAUCUCAUCAGUCAGCAGCACUAAGAGUGAGCGAAGUCUCUUCAGCUGUAACUCAGCAAGUGCCACGGUCAUCAUCAAGAAUGGAGAAUGGCCCUCAAAACCAGCUUGCCAGAACGGUACUUCAGGAUCUCUCCCUUUGAAAGCAGUACCAAGACCUAGGUUACACUCGUUGAAGUCGACUACAAAAGGAGGCAAGGCCAGGUCUGCUUUACUGAACCAGUGCAUACCAAAGUCAUCUGGGCCACUGCACUUGGCAAGGAAAGUCAGUGAGGCUCAAGGUACUACUGGAAGAAAUGGACACCCAAGCCUAUCUUGUUUGGUUUCCGUCGACAAGGGCAAGCAGCGGAGUCCCAAGAGCUCAUGCAUACAGACUCAAGCCUCCACGGAUGUGCGUUCAUCUGGCACGAAAACAGCCGAGUUGACACAGUACAAAACAAAAUGUGAGACCCAGAGUGGAAUCAUCCUACAGCUGAAAAAAUUUCUGACAAGCAGUAACCAGAAGUUUGAAGCAUUAACAGUUGUGAUCCAGCACCUGCAGUCUGAGAGGGAGGAAGCACUGAAACAGCGUAAGGAGUUAUCUCAAGAACUAGUUAACCUUCGAGGAGAACUAGUAACCACUACUGCAGCUUGUGAGAAAUUGGAGAGAGACAGGAAUGAACUGCAAGUUGCGUAUGAAGGUUUUCUGCAGAAGUUAAACCAGCAACAUCACAAUGAUUUAGCUGAGCUGGAGGAAAGACUGAAACAGUUUUACACAGCAGAGUGUGAGAAACUCCAAAGUAUCUGCAUUGAAGAAGCUGAAAAGUACAAAGCACAACUCCAGGAGCAGGUGGACAACUUAAACAUCACACAUGAAAACUACAAGCUGGAACUUGAGAACAACCACUCUGAAAAAGUGGAGGAGCUGAAAAAGGAGUAUGAAUCCUCUUUUUCAGAGCUCAAGAGUGCUCAUGAAUCUGAAAGGAAAUCGCUUGAAGAUUCCUUUAAGGAGAAGCAGGAAUUACUAGAGAAAAAAAUCAAUGAAUUAAAAUGUGAAAACGACUCUCUGAGUGAGAAGUUGAAAUUAGAAGAACAAAAACAAAUAGCCAAAGAAAAAGCCAGUCUUAAAAACCCGCAGAUUAUGUAUCUGGAACAGGAGCUGGAAAGUUUGAAAGCAGUGCUGGAGAUCAAGAAUGAGAAACUCCAUCAGCAGGAUAUAAAGCUAAUGAAGAUGGAAAAACUGCUGGAGAACAACACAAUCUUAAUGGAUAAAUUAAAGAAGAUCCAGCAAGAAAAUGAAGAAUUAAAAGCUCGGAUGGACAAACACAUGGAGCUUUCAAGGCAACUUUCUACGGAGCAGGCUGUUCUACAGGAGUCGCUGGAGAAAGAAUCAAAAGUAAACAAACGCCUGUCAAUGGAAAAUGAAGAACUUCUGUGGAAGUUGCACAAUGGUGACCUAUGCAGCCCGCGAAAACUGUCUCCCAGUUCUCCAUCUGUGCCUCUUCAGUCCCCACGAAAUUCCGGUAACUUCUCUAGUCCCACAGUAUCGCCGAGAUGACAUCUCUCGAGAGGAGGAUGGGACUGCAUCUUGUUUGUGAUCUGCAGAACCGAUCCUAACUUUAUUCACAGGAGCAAGAGCUAUAUUAGCUGAGUAUGACAACUACACGUAACUGGAAACUAUUUGGUGCAAAAAUGAGAACGUGGGAGUAAGACGUUCAUGUUGCUCCUCCCAAAAGGACUUUUCUAUGACCUCUAAGGACAUCGUUGCACAAAGCACUUAUGGAGCAAGGAAAGACUUGUUCAUUGCCUUUUCACCUAACUAUAAGAAAAAGCUCAGGGGCUUAGAAAUAAAGAUCACAACCUUUAUAAGAUGUUCCUUAUCACAGACACUUUUUUUUAAAAGGCUGUGUGUGUGCGCGUGCGUGUGCUGUGGGUGGAAUGGAUGUAACACACGGCGCGUGUGUUUAAUGCUGCCUUCUUUGCUGUGUAUGUAAUAAAGGAUAAAGCUGAAGACUA